CGGGGCUGCACCAUACCUAUUUCAGUGUCUUGACGAUAUGGCAUAUAUUGCUCCGGAUCAAAAGACAUGGCUUCGCCAUUUACCUGCCCCUUGGAAUGCCAAAGCACCCAGUCUUUGCUGGACGAGUGAACCUGCCUUUGCUGGAUGAAAGGUAUUUCUGAGUGAGGACGAGCUUUGUCGCUAGCAACCAAUGGCGCCUUCACAUGCCCCAUUCGAUGUGGAAGACGUACUGUCCAAGCUCACCGAGCAUCAGAAGAUUCUGCUCCUCACAGGGCGAGACUGGUGGCACACCCACGCGAUCGAAGAACACGGCGUUCCCUCGAUCCGCAUGAGCGAUGGCCCGGCAGGGAUCCGCGGCACCAAAUUCUUUCAAGGGCCCCCGGCGGCGGCGAUUCCUUGUGGCACGGCGCUAGCGGCGACCUGGGACAAGUCUUUGCUGUUCCAGGCCGGCGAGCUCCUCGGGAACGAGUGUCUCGCCAAAGGCGCUCACUGUUGGCUGGGACCGACGGUGAACAUCCAACGCUCCCCGUUGGGCGGUCGCGGCGUCGAAGCUUUCGGGGAGGAUCCUUACUUGACGGGGUCGUUGGCGAGUGAGAUGAUUCGAGGCUGCCAAUCGACCGGGGUCCAAGCCACCAUCAAGCACUUCUUGUGUAACGACCAAGAGAAUGGGAAAUCGAAACUCAACGCCAUCGUGUCCGCACGCGCGUUGAGAGAAAUCCACCUGCGACCGUUUCAGAUCGCCGCCCGGGACGUCAACCCGGGGGCAUUGAUGACGGCGUACAACAAACUGAACGGCCAUCACAGCUCCGAGACUCCGCUGAUAGAAACCAUCCUUCGGGGAGAGUGGAAAUGGAAUCCGCUGGUGAUGAGUGAUUGGUUCGGCACCUACGUGGGCCACAGCGCGAUCAACGCAGGUCUCGAUCUUGAGAUGCCAGGGCCCACCAUCUUCCGCGGGGAAGGGCUUAAGACGGCGCUGGCCACGGGCGACGUCAAGCAGUCUGCGCUGGCUCAGCGGGCGCGAACCGUGCUGAACUUCGUCCGCAAAGCAAGCCAUGCACCCGUCUCUGAGACAGAAGGUCAGCGAGACUGUCUCCAGGACCGUCUUUUGAAUAGAGAGCUCUGUGAUAGCAGUAUCGUUCUCCUGCAGAACGAGGGCAAGCUGUUGCCACUCCCAAAGAGGAUGAAGAAGCUGGCGUUGAUCGGUUCCCACAUGCAAGAUCUGUCCGUACUGGGACUCGGAAGCACGAGCCUUGAGCCCUACUACACGAUCCAUCCCGGCGAUGCCAUCAAGUCCAAGCUCGGCGAGACAUGCGACAUCACCUUUGAAGUCGGGGCGUAUGCCCACCGAAUGCUGCCUCUACUCAACGCUCGACUUCUGCGCGACCUUGAGCUCGUCUUGUUCAACGAACCACCUUCGACGACGACGCCGACGACGACAAGAGUGCCGAUCGUGAAAAUGCCUCUGGUUAGGACAUACUUCCAACUGGGAGAUUACAGCCACCCCGCUUUAAACUUUGACCUGUUCUAUGGAGUGCUGACGGCCGAACUCGUGCCGGAUGUCUCGGGCGAGUGGGAUUUUGGUCUUUGUUGCUUCGGGACCGCGAAUCUCUACGUCAACGACGAAUUGGUCAUCGAUAACAGCACAACGCAGACGUCGGGAACAUCCUUCUUCUCCGAAGGGACCCGUGAAGAGCGUGGGGCCGUGAGCGUCGAAGCCGGAAAAGUCUACAAGCUGCGCGUGGACUUUGGCAGCGCCGCGACUUCGAAAUGUCACCCGGCUGGGGGGAUAGGACUGGGUGGAGGCGGCAUCCGCCUAGGUGCGUGCCCUCGAAUCGACGUCGAAGAAGGUAUCAGAAGAGCAGAGAAAGCAGCUGCGGCGGCCGAGUACGCAAUCAUCUGCACAGGCCUCAAUGGCGACUGGGAAGGCGAAGGGCAUGAUCGUGCGACCCUGUCUCUUCCACCACACGUGGACACGAUGAUCUCGCGGGUCGCAUCAGCUUGCCCGCGAACUGUGGUCGUCAAUCUGUCCGGCACUCCCAUCUCGGUGCCGUGGGCGCAUCAGGUCCCGGCCAUCGUCCAAGCCUGGUUCGGCGGCAACGAAGCCGGCAACGGCAUCGCCGAUGUCCUCUUUGGCGACUUCAACCCGUGCGGGAAACUGCCCAUGUCCUGGCCGCACGACGCCCGCGACAACCCGACCUAUCUCAACUUUGGCGCGACCCAGGAUCGAUGUAUCUAUGGCGAGGAGGUUUUCGUGGGCUAUCGAUACUAUGACAAAGUUGGUCGACCACCGAAAUGGAGCUUCGGCCACGGUCUCUCCUACACGGAAUUCGACAUGCGCGAUGUGGACGUCUCGAUGGCGCCUUCAAAGCCGGAUGACAAGACCUUCCCUCCGACCUCGGUUCGUGUCCAGGUGAAGAAUGUUGGGCAGGUCGCAGGCGCCGAAGUCGUGCAAGUCUACGUGGGAGCACCUGAUUCCGGCAUGGUCCGGCCGACGAAAGAACUCCACGGGUUUGCCAAAGUGCGUCUGCAGCCCGGAGAAGUUAAGGAGGUCGAGAUCCCGGUCGACCCGUACGCCAUGAGCUAUUGGGACGAGGUUGAGGAAAGUUGGUGCCUCGAGCAGGGCGCGUACCAAGUGAUCGUGUCUACGACCUCGAGGGCCGAGGGUGAACAUGGACGAUCUCCCCUGACAGGGUGGCUUGAGGUUCCCGGCACAAAACACUGGUUGGGUUUGUAAAGGUGGUCGUCGUCGUGGGCAGCUUUUCUAGGAGACUGAACCCGUUCUGCGGACCUGGGCAGUGUUACGUUAAGUUUCGAUACGAGGUUUCCUGGUUCAUCACAGUGUACAACAAAGUUGGUCGAAACGACGCGGUGAU